GCGCCGACCAGUUUAAGCAGGCAGACGACGGCCACAAAUCGGUUUGUCGACGAGAGGGUGUAUGUGUGGUUAAUUAUAUAUAUAUAUAUACAUAUGUGCGUAUAUGUUAAUGUGCUAAAUACAUACACAGGCGUUAAACGCGUUCCGUUGGAUAUUCUUACUUUCGUUGAGUUGAAGAAAAUUGCAAAAAAUUUCAUUUAAAAAAUUUACAAAAUUCUCAAACGCUCCAAUUCGUAAGCGUUCGCUUUUUACUUUCGAGCAAAGCAGUGAGUGAGUGUGUUUUUGUUGCAUAAAUUUGUAUUUUUUGGUGUAGUAAAUCAGUGUUCGCACUCAAAACCGACUUGCCAACACACGAAGUCAACAACAAUUGCAACAACACAAAAUAAAAGUGCAAAAGUUAAUAGCGAGUUAAAAAAUACAAAAAAAAAAUAUUAAUUAAUAAUAUUGCAGCAGCAGUAAGCACGACCGAGCCAUCACGACACAACUACAAAAACAACAGUGACAACAAGAAAAGCAACGAAACAAGCUACUUUAAUUACAACAACAGCUGUUUUCCCUCUCUGCUGUCAACAGCUCACACUCACUUUGGGCUGCCUGUUGCGAAAUUUCAAAAAAGUUAAAAAUAUAGUAUUUAAAAAGCAACAGCAAUAAAAAUGUUUUUUUGAAUUUAAUUUCAAAAAAUCACCGCAGCAGCGCAGGGAGGCGUGUGUGCAACCCAUUGCAUUCGUAAGGUGAAGCUGCAUUUGCUUUAAAACAACAAGAAAAUUAAUAAAUGUGCAAAAAACUUGAAAAAAAUUUGAAAGCCAGUGGCAUUUCGGAAUUUUUAAUUGAGCUUAAAAAGUUGUGACAAAAAAUUCAGUAAAGAAAUAUUUUUUUCUUUCACUGAGAAGUGUGAAUUGUGUGUGAGAAUUUACUUGCGUCUGCUGACGUUUUAAAGCAAAAUCUGGAUGAAUUGAAAUCAGCGCAGAUUUCAAACACACUGAACUCCUUUAUGGAAAAUAAAGUGAAAUUUUAUGUUUAUAAUUAAGAACAACUCGCGCGGAGUGCAAAAAAUAUAUAUAAAUUGAUUUAAAAAAUAAAAAUUUUUAAUUUACAAAUAACAAGCCUAAAAAGAAAACAGUGAGCAACAGACUCAAAAACAACAACGCAAAGAAAAACAUUUUUUUAACUGCAUAUUUUUCAUUUUUCUUCGGUGAAUUUUCGUUGUUCCGCUGAAAAUCGCGCGUGACGCGUUGUCCUCUAUACAUCUUCUUCUGUGUUAUUUCUUGCCGCCACUUCGCCUUCAACUGCCAAUUUGCCAAAAUACAAAAACAUAAACUCAUUUUGCAGAGACUUUUGCGCAGGCCUUCAGACUUCAGACUGUGUUAACCGUUAGAAAUUAAUAAGCAUCAACAUUGUAUACAAAAUGUCACACAACAUUAGAAUUUUAUUGGCGAUUAUCGCAUCAAUUGUCACAGUAUGCUCAUCACUGCCAGAUUAUCACAAACAAAUGUCACCCACACAACUGCAGUCGGUGUUCCAUGUCGACGAUGUGAAUGCCGUGCCGCACUAUGAAGUCGUGCAGCUCCUGCAUAACAGUUUCGACGACGGCUUAGCGUCACUCCCCGAACAUUAUCGUCGUCGUCGGAGACGCAGCAUCAAUAGUGAUGCAUUCAAUGCAGAUGCUCGUCUAACCAUCAAGGAACCACAUCAUGUGAAGAAGGAUUUGAGUAAAAAUCCUUAUUAUAGUGAAUUAAAAGCGGCCGCUAAUACGCCAGGUGCUGGUGGAGUGAAUAGUCUACAGCAAGCGACGAAUGGCAAAUUUGUUGGUGAUUUACGCGAGUUAAAAGAGCACAAAGUUUCGUUUAAUGCUUUUGGUGAGAAUUUGAAUUUAACCUUGAAGAGAACGGAUAGUCUGUUUAAGGGCGGUUCCCCGCAUACGCUACGUAUGUGGACCGUGCGCGAUGAGGCGAAUGCGACGCAUGGUUUGGAUCUACAGGAAGUUUUCGAUGAGAAUGCUGAAUCCAGCGAACAAAUUGGUGAAGUCUUUCAAGACGAAGCCAAUAUGGCAGCCAUAUUAAUGCGGCGCCAUUUGGAAACUGGUGAUUUAGUAAUGGAGGGUAGCAUUGGUCAUGAGAUGGUGAUAAAACCGCUGCCGCACGAGCUGAGCCCAAAUCCAGAUACCGCACAUCACAUUGUUUAUAAACGUGAGGCACAAUCGCUAGAGCAUUUGAGCGACUUCGCUUUUAUGGAACCCGAUGAUUUGGCUACCAGCGAGAAACUUGAACGAUUACAACAGCAUCGCCAACGUCGCGCAGCGCCUGCCGAAGAUGACGAUGAAGCAGCGUUAGAGGAUGUGGAUGGUGAAUUGGAGUCAGCGGAAGCCAGAUUUACACGUAACAGACGUCAACUGCCUUAUAUUAUCUAUCCUGAAGUGUUGGUCAUCAUCGAUUAUGAUGGUUAUCGGUUGCAUGGUGGUGACAAUUUGCAAGUAAAGCGUUACUUCGUUUCAUUCUGGAACGGCGUUGAUUUGCGCUAUCGUUUACUAAAAGGCCCAAAGAUACGCAUUAGUAUUGCUGGCAUCAUUAUAUCGAGGGGAAGAGAUGCAACACCAUACCUGGAAAGGAAUCGUGUCGGACGAGAUGCCAUCGAUUCAGCGGCUGCCUUAACCGAUAUGGGUAAAUAUUUAUUCCGUGAGCGCCGUUUGCCCGUCUACGAUAUUGCUGUGGCGAUAACCAAACUUGAUAUGUGCAGACGUGCAACAGCUCAUGGCGAAUGUAAUCGUGGUACAGCAGGUUUUGCAUAUGUUGGCGGUGCUUGCGUUGUGAACAAGCGUUUGGAAAAAGUCAACAGUGUUGCCAUCAUUGAGGAUACUGGCGGUUUCAGCGGUAUCAUUGUGGCUGCCCAUGAAGUUGGACACUUGCUCGGCGCCGUGCACGACGGCUCACCACCACCCAGCUACCUUGGCGGUCCGGGUGCGCAGCGCUGCCGCUGGGAGGACGGCUAUAUAAUGUCUGAUUUGCGACACACCGAGCGCGGUUUCCGGUGGUCUCCAUGCACCAUACAGAGUUUCCAUCACUUCUUGAACGGCGACACCGCAACCUGCUUGCACAAUGCACCCCACGAGGACAGCGCGCUGGGACGCGCAUUGCCCGGUACACUGCUUUCGCUGGACGCGCAGUGUCGUCGCGAUCGCGGCACGUACGCUUGCUUCAAGGAUGAGCGCGUGUGUGCGCAACUGUUCUGUUUCGAUGCGCAGACGGGCUACUGUGUGGCAUAUCGACCGGCCGCGGAGGGUUCCACAUGUGGCAGCGGGCUGACCUGUCUGGACGGUCGGUGUACGCCAGUUACUUCAAAUGUCAUACCAGCUUACCGUUCUUACAAUGACAACAACAGUAGCACUGAAAAUACUGACACUAGUAGCGAAGAAGAAGGAGUUGGAGGGGAGAAUGUAAGUAGUGAAGAAGAGCAGGAUCAACCGGCCGCCGUGGAUAAGACUGCACACACGACGCAGCAACGGUUCGGUAAUACGGUGGAGCAGACCUCACGUGAAGUCGACGACACUUCCGAUCCCAAACGUAUUACAACAAAAACGAUAACCACCAGCAAUACGCAUACACCGACACAGACGAACUCACGCACCACAAUCACCGUGGAGACACACUCACGACACUCACACAACAAAAGCAACAACAAUCAGCAACGGCAAGUGCAACAGGGUACUUUAGAACUUUUAGCCAGGUUUUUAGCACAGAAUCCACAAUGGCAACAGCUAUUGGGACAAGCGGCGCAGGUGAACGCGCUGUCCGGCGCCGCCACAAAUGCCGCCGAUGUGGCAACCAUAGAGAAUGCCGCAAGCGCGGAAGUGGCGGACAAAGUGGCAUCCGCUCAUAUGCCACAAACAAAGUUGCCACAGGGCGCAGUCGUUGUGCAAACGAGCGUGAGCAGCAGUACGAGCAGUAGUAGUGGCGGUAGUAGCGCGAAUGGUAGUAGUUCAGGUAUUAGUAGUAGUAGUGAUAGUAGCGCGGAGCAGCAAAAAAAAUAUGAGAAUGAUGUUGCACGGGUUAAGGUCGUACCUUUGAAUUUAGAGACCCAUCCAGAGACGCUUGACAAGCAAAUAGUUGUUGAGGAUACUGGCGCGUUGCAAGUUGCUGAGAAUAUUGACAAUAAUGAAGGCGAAAUACAGCCUAUAGUGAGCUUAGAGAACGAAAAAAAUGCCCAAGCGAAAGCUAUGCUAACACAAAGCAAAUUACAAUCAGAAAUCCAACCACAACCACACCAACACAAAACUACAUUGGCAAAAGUAACACAAAUUCAACAGCGCAAACCAACCACCACAACCACAACAACACCACCAACCGCACAACCUAACCUCUUCCAAAUUUACACGCAUGAAUUACGCAAACAGUUACAAUAUUAUUUAGGUUUUCUGCAAGCGCACACUGGCGACAGCGUCAGCGCUGGCGAUAGUAGUAGUAGUAUUUUGAGUAAUAGCAAACGUACAGCAACAGUUAAGCAUACCGUUACAACCAACAAAACUAAUUCAAAUUAUAGCAAUACGGUGAGUGCGGCCGCCAAAUUACAGCAACAGUCGGCGUUGCUUGACAACAACAACCGCAACAAUGAGGAUGACAUCGAUGACAACGCGGACAAUGUGGACGCGGAUGAUGAGGCGAGCAAUGAGGCAAUCGAUGACAAACAACAGAAACGUAAGUUCAAUACAGCAACAACAAUAAGCGUGAGUGCACAACAACAUACACAACGCGCACAACAAGCGCCGCCACCGUCAGCACCGACGCGCAGCAGCAGCAGCAGCAGCGGCAAUGGCGGCAGUAUAACUAACAGUAAUAGCAAUAAUAACAGUAACAAUAAAGCGCUGCAGCGGCCGGCGACUUUUCUUGACGCCUAUUUAAAGAAAUUGCAGGCGCUUAAUGCGCCAACGGACACCACGGCCACACUGACGGCCACCACCACGAGCACCACAAUGUCGACAUCGAGUGUCGUGGGUAGUGGCGCCGUCAGCAAGGCAGUGCCAGCUGGCGGUACGCCCGAGAACGAACCGGCGAAGCGUGCGCCGGCGGAAACGUUCGGCAGUCAUUUCCUCAAACGUACGCAAAAUUUAUCGAAUAGUAAAAGUAGUAGUGUGGGAGGUAGUAGUGGUGUUGAUGGUAGUGUUGGUAAUAGUAGCGAUAGCAACAUUUACAUUAAUCAUGGUAACAGCAACAGCAACAACAACAACAAUAUCAAUUUAAAUAGAAAUCACAAAAAACUUACACGCAUUUCGAGUCACAAUGCUACUCCAAACAGUCGUACGCCAUAUGUUGAUUCACACGAGCAAGAGCACGAACAUGUUGUGAGCGAUGUAGCAAUUCACAUUGCGACAACAACACAACAACCAGCAUAUGUGACAAAUUUUUUAGGUGAUAAUACAAAUAAUUUGCCAAGUUUGUUUGAACAGCAACAGCAAGCACAACAGUCAUCCUCAACAAAAACAACAACAACAAUACCCGCACAACAACAAAAUCAACAAACAUCACAACAAAAAGCACAUAAAGUCAGAACACAAAAACUAAUACGUCGUCAAUUGUUGCGUACGCAAAUUAAAUGAAGACAUUACGUAAAGUUUGUGCGUAAGUGACGCCAGCGUUUUACAUUUGUUCUGCUAUAGCACCAUAUUUAGUUUGUAAUUCUAUUUAUAUAUUUAGCAUUUAAAACGCCAAAAGGAUUACAUUAUUCUCCCACUUGAUGCGUGCAAUACCGUUGCAUUCAGCUAUAACGCACACACACUACUAUACGCCACUACACACAGCGUUAGAAAAAACUAAAAGUUAUCAACUUGUCAUUCUGACAAUCAGCUGUUCUUUUACAUAUUCCUUGUUAGAUAGCAGAAAAAACUAAUUUUUAGUACGCCAAACGCCACGCCAAAAGUACCAGUUAUUCUGCUUGCUUAGCGCUAUAGUCGCCCAAGCGAUUUUCACUAUAAUCAACUACGCUCACAAUAAACUCGAACACUGCGCACACGCUUCACUCUCUCAGAAGCAUUGCAAAUAACUACACUGUUACUGUCGACUUUUGUUGCCAAUCUACAAAAAUGUGGUAAGCAAACUUAAUACACAAAUUUAAUAUAAUUUGGAUACGGCAUGCAUUACCCUGGGAGAGUUUAGUAGUCAUUAAAAUUGAAUAUAUAACCGUAGUGCGCUAAUAGAAUGCAACGGCAUAUUAAGCAAAGUUAACGGAAUGCUUGGAGAAUGCUUUAUAUAAACAUGUGAAAAAAAGCACAACUAACCGUUAUUAUUUACGGCCUGGUAAUGAAUACAAUAUUAAAAGCAUUACGCAUGGAUUUAGUGGUUAACUGGAAGGCGUUUCCAUUUUGAAAAGAGUAGUUCCGUUGCUGACUGAGUGAUGGCGCCGCCAUACGUUUUUCUUGUAAACUACGUUUUUCUUGAUUUGAUCUAAAUCUGAUUAUCGGAAGUAUAUAAUGCAUCAACAAGUGUGGCAGCAAUUGGCAGUGAUAGCAGCGGUAACAUGAACGAGCAUCUCAACACAACUACAACAAUUAACAGCCGUAUAUUAUGUCGAUAUAAACUCAUAUUUAGCAAAUGAUUUACGUACUAGUAUAUUUAAAUUAGACAGCAUACAGAAGACAUAUCAUUGCCAUUUUCAAAUUUUCCAAUUAAAUAUUUACAUACACAUUUACAUUUUAAAAGCAAAUAGUUGAAAUUAAUGCAUGAAUUUAGUUGAAGCAGUUAAAGCUGAAUAUUAAUGAAGAAAAACGCAUGAAAUCAUACAGCGCCACACAUACAUACAUAAGCAAUGCAUAAAUACAUUAACGUUUUUAUUUAAACCAGCACAUAUCCAUAUGCUACCCAAAAUAUGUACUUAA